AUGAAGACAUUCAUCGGCUUGUUUAACAAGAAACAUCCGGAUUCAUCCGUAAACACGUUUGAGUACCUGAUGUCAAUGCUUAAGGGUGACCAUAUCCUUGGACUUCUGCUUCGUAAAGCAAAAGAAGAGAAUCACGAUGUUUUGAACCUUGAGAUGGAAUUACAUCACAUGUGGGCGGAUGAUGACAAUAUAGCGCCGAGAGAUCUCGCUCCUUACAUCGAGGAAAUGCUGGGUGAGGGAAAGCAGGCCACCAGGAAUACUCUAGAUAUGGACGUGUCGUCUAUCGUGCAGAAAAUGGAGAAGGACUACAACAAGUUCUACAUGAAAAAAUUCCCGGACGACGUAAAGAACCACAUGACUUUUGCCCAAUAA